AUGUCUCUAUCGUGUGCGAUCGAAACAUGCAAACGUAAAUCACGAGCAAUAUGUCAUUGUUGCAACAACAAUAUUUGUCUUGAUCAUUUGAAAGAACAUUUCGAUUUAAUAAAUUCACAAAUGAAUCCUCUUGCUGACGAAAUGAGUACUCUUGAUAAUCAAUUGUCGUUAUUGAAUGUUGAUGAAGUUAUUGAUAAAUGUCGUCAAAAAUUGGAUAAAUGGCGUCAUGAAUGUCAUGCUACAGUUGAUCGUUUUUAUGAAGAAAAAUGUCAAGAACUUCAGCAGCGUUGUGUUGAAAAAGUUGGCGAAAAACGAAAAAAAAUUCAUCAAUUAAAAUUAAAAAUAAAUGAACUUAUUCGAGAACAAGAAGCUACACAUGACGAUAUUUGUUCAUUGAAAACAACUAUUAAUGGUAUCAAACGUGAUGUUAACCAAUAUGAAGAGAAUGGCAUUGUAGUCGAUGUCAAUCCUUUAAUUAUUAAUCAAAAUUUAGUUUAUAUCGAACAAUGGACAUCGAAUGAACUUGAUAUGUCACCUCUUUCGUCACCUUCUCGAACAAUUGCUUGUUCCAAAGAUAAUUGGUCUGCCAUGACUAGCAACAAUCAUUUUUUGUUAAUAGAUCAAUAUCCAAACUUAUGUUUAUAUGAUGAGCAAUUGACUCUUUUAAAAGAAUAUCCAUGA